AUGUCUUUUUGUGCAUCUCUAAUUCUUAAAAUUCAGUUAAAGGGCAGACUGUCCGAUGGCGAUAGUACGGAUCAUGAUGGAUACCUGAGGACGCCGACGACUCCCGGUCCCUCUUUCCGAGGGGAUCGGGAGAAGCAUGAGAAAAAGAAGAUUGGUCACCGAAGGGUGGACCUUGAAACAGGUCUUGUCACAUACAAGAAGGUGCCAACAUCUCAAUUGAUGGGUGCAAUUCAGCUUGGAAUAUCGAACUCUGUUGGGUCACUGGCCAGCAAGCCGGAACGCGAUUUGCUGCUGCAGGAUUUUGGUGAUACUGUGAUUGUCUCUUUUCCGGGUGAGGGCAGUCACAUCACACCGUCUCAUCCGUACAGCGAUUUCAAGUUCAAAACUUACGCGCCGAUCGCUUUUCGCUACUUUCGAGAACUGUUCAGCAUUAAACCGGAGGACUUCUUGGUCUCGCUCUGCGCCGAACCAUUACAGGAGCUUUCGAACCCAGGCGCCAGCGGCAGUAUAUUUUACAUAUCGAACGAUGAUCAGUUCAUCAUCAAAACUGUACAGCACAAAGAGGCAGAGUUCUUGCAGAAACUUCUUCCGGGUUACUACAUGAAUCUCAACCAGAACCCUAAAACGUUGCUACCAAAAUUCUUUGGUCUUUACUGCUAUCAGACACUGGGUAAGAACGUUCGACUUCUGGUGAUGAAUAAUCUCUUGCCCUCGACUAUCAAGUUGCAUCGAAAGUACGAUCUGAAAGGGUCUACUUAUAAGCGAAGAGCUUCGAAGUAUGAAAAACUUAAUGAAUGUCCGACGCUGAAAGAUCUUGACUUCUUGGAAAUUAACCCUGAAGGUUUCAACCUGGAUUCCGCGACAUAUGACGCUCUUAUGAAAAUCAUCAGCAGAGACUGUUUGGUUUUAAAAAGCUUCAAAAUCAUGGAUUACAGUUUGUUGAUUGACUUGAGGAGGAUUACUCGCCAGAAAACCGUUUUCAAUACUUGGGAAUCAGUGAGGACUGACCUUGGUGAAGAGUAUCCAGCUGGCGGUAUACCUGCAAGCAACUCAAAAGGGGAGCGCCUGCUUCUCUUCCUUGGCGUCAUCGACAUUUUGCAGAGUUAUCGUUUUUUCAAGAAAUUUGAGCAUUCCUGGAAAAGCGUAAUGCAUGAUGGCGUAUGUCGCUUGCGCUGUGUGUUUUGUGUACCAGUUAAAACCGCUCGAUCUAGGAUACGAUUUCAGUGCAUCACCCGAAUUUCUAUGCACAGCGAUUUCAAGAUUUCAUGGCUGAGAAAGUUUUCAAGCGCACUCAUUCUCGUAAGUGUUCCGCCAUGAAA